GGGGAGCGGAGUCCGGCGGCGCUGAGCUGGAGGGCGGCGUGAAGCCGGGCGGCCGGCGGGCAGGCAGGAAGGCGGUUCCACCGUGUUAUGUAUUCCAUGUAUGGAUUUGCUGCAAAUAAAAUAUGUAUUUAAUUGCUGGGAACCAUGAAGGUACCAAAAAUUGCAUUUGUUUUUGUCCUAUUCAUCUGCCUAUUCAUCUACAUCUAUCAGAAGAAACCUUUGCAAAAAAUACAGAAUCGAGUUGGAUUCAACAUGCAGGUCACACACGAACAACCUGUUCCUCAAGCCUUCUAUGGAAUUAUGUUUGAUGCUGGUAGUACUGGGACACGCAUCCAUGUUUUCAAGUUUACUCAGAUGGCAAACGAAUCUCCUAAACUUGCAAAUGAAAUUUUCAAAGCCUUGAAACCAGGAUUGUCAGCAUAUUCUGACAAGCCCCACUUGAGCACAAAGGGAAUUCAAGAUUUGCUCGAGGUUGCCAAAGACUCCAUUCCUUAUGACUUUUGGGCAAGCACUCCUUUAGUACUAAAAGCCACAGCUGGAUUGCGACUGUUACCUGGAGAAAAAGCCCAACUUUUGCUAGAUAAGGUGAAAGAAGUCUUUCAAUCAAGUCCUUUCCGAGUAUCAAAUGAUUGUGUUAGUAUCAUGGAUGGGACAGAUGAAGGUAUUUCAGCAUGGAUUACUGUCAACUUUUUAACAGGUAAGCAAAAAUUCAAGCAAAAUGCUACCGGAAUGCUUGACCUUGGGGGUGGUUCUACCCAAAUCACAUUUUUGCCUCACAGCGAGAUAACACUCCAGACCUCUCCUAUUGACUGUAUUACCUCAAUUCAGAUGUUCAAUAGCACUUACACACUCUACUCUCACAGUUACCUAGGACUUGGUCUGAUGUCAGCGAGGUUGGCAAUUUUAGGAGGAACUGAAGGUAGACCAACUGAGAAAGACCAGGACUUGGUAAGUUCCUGUCUAUCACCAGGCUACAAAGCAGAAUGGAAACAUGCUGAAAUUGUUUACAGCAUUAAAGGACAGAAAGCAGGAGAGCCUCUCUAUGAUUCAUGUUACGCAAGGAUAGAAAAAAUGCUUUACAAAAAAGUGCAUAAGCCUGAGGAAGUGCAGAACAUUUCAUUUUAUGCAUUUUCCUACUACUACGACAUAGCAGUUGAUGUUGGGCUGAUUGAUGAAGAAAAAGGAGGCACUUUAAGAGUUGAAGAUUAUGGGAGAGCAGCCAAACUUGUAUGUCAAAGCAUGGAAGCUGGGUCAACAGAUAAACCAUUUCUUUGCAUGGAUCUUGUAUACAUAACUGUACUGCUACAGGAGCUGGGUUUCCAAAAAGAUGCCGUUUUAAAGCUUGCUAGAAAGAUCAAUGGUGUUGAGAGCAGUUGGGCACUGGGAGCUACGUUCCAUUACAUCGACUCCCUUCACUGAAACUGGAGAGAAAAGCUAAUGUUUACAUUAUAAAAUAGCUCAAUUGGGGUUGAACACAUGCCUUCUUUAAGAUAUUGUCUUCCCUACAUGGCAACUGGGAAAUCAAAAUAUGCGGGUCUAGACUUUGUUGAUUUUAAUACUCCGUGUCUGUGUGGUGGUUGUUGUUUUAAUCUGGUGGAUGGUAAAAUUACUGAUUAUUGGAUGGUUGCAACAUUGCCCAAAAUUUUGCAUGGUGCUUAACAAACAAAUGGUGAGAAUCAUUCUUUUAUUUCAUGUCCUAAUUUUAAUUCACAAAUUGUUUUAAAGCAAUAGAAAAUGUAAGUGAAUUGUAAGAAAUUGUGGAAUGGGUUUAUCUUGAUUGAAUAAUACCACCAUUUUCAUGUGGUUGGACUGUUCAAAGACUAAACUGCAAGAUGUUCCAUACUCAAAGAUUAAUUUUCACACAAUAGAAUUUCAUGUGAAGUUGCUUUUUGUUUAACCUCUUUUCCUUGAAAUAAAAAUAAGACUGUUUUUGAGGGAACAACCAGAUCAUGUAGAAAAAAAUCUAACUCACAGUUGGAACAUCACAAUCAACCUUUAUUCAACAGUCCAUCUACAUGGCUGUCACCACAAUAUUAAAUUUGUAUCAGGUUCAGAAUGAAAGGAAUAUUUCAGAUUUGAUCAAUGAGUAAUGCCAUUUGCCACUGGUCAUCUUAUCAAUUGCAGUGACCUUGUAAACAAGACCAUUUUGUUACAUUUAAGACCAUGCAGUUAUGUAUUACAUGAGUCUGUAAUAUUUUAUUCUGUAUGCAUCAAAGCACAGCUGGGAGAGCCAUAGCAGUCUAUGCUAUGUACAACUUUUAUCAUGGACAAUGGACAUAAUCUGCAAAUGAGCCAUUCUCAUUUGGAAGUGUCUGCCAAUAGUCUAUGUUUCUAAACCAUUAAAUUAAAUGUUGGGAUUCCAUUCUAAAGAGAACAAAGAUGGGGGGCUUUUCCCAUGCUUCAUCUCUGCCCUCCUGUAGGCAUUGUGUUGAAUAUGUGUACAAAGCCUAGCAUUUGAAGGAUUUAUCCUGGCCACUCUUUUUAUGGGAUAGAAAUCCUCUCAAAAGGACCCCACAGAAAACCUUUACGAUUGAUUAAAUUGUUUGCUUCAAAAGUGUUUGAAAGUUGUACUUUCAAAUUUUGAAGGAUAAUGAAUGUAGAAUUUAAUAUUGAAUCUUUCCCUAGUGAAGGGUUCAUAGAAUUGAUGUUACCCAGCUCUAAGGUUUGUCUGCUAGUUUUUGGACAAUUUCCAGUUGUCAACUAGCUGACACCUAAUUUCUGUUUCCAGAUGAGUCCUCCUUGUUUGCCAAUUUGAAAUCAGAUGCUGCUGAAGGAGGAUUAUUGGGAUUGGAUGAUGGCAAGAUGCUGUCUGUUCUCAUUGCAUUACCUUGCAUUGAAGCCAAGGUGUCAAUUUAUGGUCAUUGUUUUGGUUGAAUCUUCCAAGUAACGUCACAAGAUGAUAUCACAAGAUGCUAGGCUCAGGCAAAUAUACAUCUGAGAUGAGAGAUGCAUUCUGCUAACCUGCUAUAAUUUCUGAACUCAGUGGAAUGAAUCAAGAUUAGUUAACUUGCUUUAUGAAAAGGGAAAUAGAGUGCAUUGAAUGUUAUCCAAGUUAAUUUGGAAAUCUUGAUUUACCAGAUUAAGAGCAUAAAAUGGGCUAAGCAUUUCAUUCAGGUAUAUGGCUAUCAUUUGGAAAUAUUUUACUGAGUUAUUUUUGCUUAUUUCAUUUAGUAAUCUUGAAUAAUUUGUUAUCACAAAAUGUAAAAACUCUAUUACCUUAUUGUCUAUUGAAAGCUUUGUAAUAGAUGAGUUUUAGUAACUCAUCUUGUUAAUUACUGGAAGUACAUGUCCAUCUACCAGAAUCGUGUCACUUCACUUUACAAGGUGGUGGGAGGCUCUGGCAAGGCAAAAAGUAACAAGAAUGGGGAGGAAUCCCAGUCUCUGCCUGUCGGAAAUGGGAAGGGAUCUUUCCUUGAACCUCCUAUCCUGAGUUUGCAUGGCUACAUACAAACACAAAAGAGAAUUGGUUUCCUUUUAAAGGCUGACAGCUCUGGGCAAGGAAUUGCAAAAUUUCCCACUUUCCCAAAUAGAUAACAUUUGGGGAAACUUUUAAAAGUAUUUUGUAAUUUUUUGUAACUUUGUCUCUUAGUUGACCCACUUAUGUUGCAGUAGAAUGUUGCAAUAAUACUGCACAUAAUAUGCAUACUCAAUAAAGAUUCACUGGUACCCCAGAGAUUUGAAACAAUAUAGACAUAUACAAAUUCUGCUUCCAAAUCUUUUUUCAUCAGGCCUACCAAUCGAUUUGCUGAUCUGUUUGUACAAUUGAUCCUUUUCAGCCUAAGUUGUCUGAUAUCUAAACUCAAAUCAUUCUUCCUUUAUUCCGAUUGCAAGUUUACACUUCCUUUUAUAUAUGAAAAAAGUCAUAGAACUUUUCAAUUCAUUUGAACAUAGUAGCAACUGGUAUUUUAUAUUCACAGAUCUUCAAGAAUUAUGUAAAUAAAUUAAUUUUUGAUGUCCAUCUUAAA